AUGCCUUCCACCAACGACGAGAAUAAGAAGAAGGUCGAGAGCGGAAGUGGCGCCAGCUUUAAGGACAAGCUGAAGGCGCCAUUCCAGAAACUCGAGGAGAAGCUCGAGGGCACCCACCUGCAUGAUGCGAAGAUCCACAUCACCCACAAGAAGCACCAAAUUGGCAAAUUCGCCAACCUCUUCAACCGCAACCACCGCCACGACGAAGAGCACGAACAAGCUACAGACGACAAGCGCCAGAAGAUUCGCGAUGAACACCGAUAUGAUUCCUUCUUCCCCGAACGCGACGGCAACAUCAUCAAGUGGUAUAUCGAUGGCCGCGACUACUUCUGGGCCGUGUCGGAGGCUCUCGAGGCCGCUCAAGAGACCAUCUACAUCUGUGAUUGGUGGCUGUCGCCUGAGCUCUUCCUGCGCCGUCCUCCGCAUGACAACCAGCAAUGGAGGCUGGAUCAGGUCCUGAAACGACGCGCCGAGGCUGGUGUCAAGAUCUACGUUACCGUCUAUCGCGAAGUUGAGGCGGCUCUGACAUGCAACUCGGCCCACACAAAGCACGCACUCCACGGCCUGUGUCCCGAGGGUUCGCCAGGCUAUGGCAACAUCAAGGUCAUGCGACACCCCGACCACAACGUGUUGGAGAAUGCAGCCGAUAUGACUCUGUACUGGGCUCACCACGAGAAAUUCAUCGUCAUUGACUACCGCAUGGCUUUCAUCGGCGGGUUGGACCUCUGCUUCGGCCGCUGGGACACACAGACUCACGCGCUGGCCGAUGUGCAUCCCGAAGGUGUAAAGAACGAAGUGUGGCCUGGCCAGGAUUUCAACAACAACCGUGUGAUGGAUUUCAAGAAUGUUGACGACUGGAAGCAGAACGAACUGAGCAAGACACGCUAUGGCCGUAUGCCGUGGCACGACGUCUCCAUGGGUGUCAUUGGACCUUGUGUUUACGACAUUGCCGAGCACUUUGUCCUGCGGUGGAACUUCAUCAAGCGCGACAAAUACAAACGUGACGACCGAUACGACUGGAUCCAGCUGGCUGGACGGACGGGCGAGGACGAGGAUCUUGUAGGAGUGCAACGGCCUAAGCACCCGGUUGGUGAAUACCUCAUGCACCCUCUGACACCUCUCGAGACGAAGAACCUUGAGAACCGUGGUACUGUCCAUGCGCAGAUCGUGCGAUCCAGCGACGAUUGGUCCUCGGGUAUUCUGCUGGACCACUCGAUCCAGAACGCAUACUCGAAGACGAUUCUCGAGGCUGAGCACUACGUCUACAUCGAGAACCAGUUCUUCAUCACUGCCACGGGAGAGCACCAAUCCCCGGUCCACAACACGAUUGGCCUCGCCAUCGUGCAGGCUGUGCUUCGAGCGGCGGAAGAGAAGCGCAAGUUCCGCAUCAUUGUCUGUCUUCCCGCGAUUCCUGGAUUCGCUGGCGACCUCCGUGACGAGGCGGCCAUGGGUACCCGAGCCAUCAUGGACUACCAAUACAAAUCAAUCUGUCGCGGCGAGCACUCGAUCUUCGAACAGAUCAAGGCCAAGGGCGUGAAUCCUCGGGAGUACAUCUUCUUCUUCAACCUCCGUUCCUACGACCGUCUAGUCACGACUCCAGCGCUUCUAGAGCAGGAGAAGAAGACGGGCGUUUCAUACCAGCAGGUCCAGCGCGCUGAGGCCGAGGAGAUCAUGUCCGAAGGCAUCCACGGCGCCGUGGACCCGACUGGCCACGGAGAGCGAGAUAAGCACAUGGGCAGCGCGCAAGAUCAAGACCCCAACUUAGCGACCCCCGAAGUCGAGAAGGCACUCGAUGCGAAGCAGCGAUUCGAGGCGGCCAUGCCCGAGGGCAAGCUGACGGCCGCACCGUCCUUGGCGCAUCAUGCCAUGGCUGGCAACGAGCGAUCACUUCUGGACGAGCCUUGGGACGAUGAGGAUCUCGAGACCGAAAUCCAGAACUGGGUGCAGGAGGAAUUAUACAUCCACUCGAAACUGCUCAUCGCCGACGAUCGGAUCGUCAUUUGCGGAUCAAGCAACCUCAACGACCGUUCGCAGCUGGGUCUGCACGACAGCGAGCUCAGCAUUGUCAUGGAAGACAGGGCACAGUUCACAAGCACGAUGAAUGGUCAGCCAUUUGAAGCUGGCGUGCAUGCGGGCACGCUGCGACGGUACCUGUGGCGCGAGCACCUCGGCCUGCUACCCGCACAGGGUCUCGACGGAACAGGUCUCCAGAACGCGCAGCCCCCCGGUGAGAAGUCGCCCAACGAUCCUUUCGACCGGGACGAGAGCUGGGACAUUGUGGCCGAUCCGCUGAGCGAUGACCUUUGGGAAAUGUGGACGUCGCAGGCGACGAAGAACACGGACAUUUACCGGCAUGUGUUCCACGCGGACCCUGACGAUCACAUCAAAAACUUUGAUGACUACGAUCGGUACCUGCCGCCGAAGGGUAUCAAAUCAGGCCAUGUCUACGACUUGUUCAUGCCGGCGGAGGACGCGCGGAAGAAGAUUGCGCAGAUCAAGGGCCACCUGGUGUGGUUCCCGCUGGAGUUCCUCAGGGAUGCGGAGAUGGCCGAGACAGGUCUGCAGGUCAACCAGUUCACUGAGAGUAUUUACACCUAG